AUGGCGGCGAGCGCAGGCUACGUGCGCUUGUGGGGAAUCGCGAGGCGGUUAGUGCUGACACCGGGGCCGCGGCCUCCCCAGCUGACGGGCCUCGGGGGACGGGGUCGCGGGCGGGGGCUGCGCGUUGCUCGACCGCCGCUCCCGAGCGGGCGGGCGAGCUGCGCGGCGCCAGCUUGGGCGCUGUGGGGUCGUGGGACAGACCCAGGGCCCGCGUCUCAGAGUGUGGGCGCGUGGCGGGGGCUCUGGGACGAGGCCGGCAACCGGGGCGGCGGCGCCUACAAUACUGGCGGCGACGACAGCCCCGAGGGUGGCGCCGAGGACGGGACUGGGUCCAGCGGGCCCGCCGGGGGUGGGGGUGCGGAGGGCCCAGUCAUGACCGCGCUCACGCCUAUGAUGAUCCCGGAGGUCUUCCCGCAUCUGCCACUCAUCGCAGUCACCCGCAACCCUGUGUUUCCCCGCUUCAUCAAGAUUAUCGAGGUUAAAAAUAAGAAGUUGGUUGAGCUGCUAAGAAGGAAAGUUCGCCUUGCCCAGCCAUAUGCCGGUGUCUUUCUAAAGAGAGAUGACAACAAUGAGUCUGAUGUGAUUGAGAACCUGAAUGAAAUUUACCACACAGGAACUUUUGUCCAGAUUCAUGAAAUGCAGGACCUCGGGGACAAGUUGCGUAUGAUAGUCAUGGGACACAGAAGGAUUCAUAUAAACAAACAACUAGAGGUGGAGCCUGAGGAACUGGAACUAGAAAAUAAACAGAAACCAAGGAGAAAAUUCAAGCGAGCCAAGAAGGAAGCAGAGGAGGAACAAGGUGCCAAGGACCAAGCAGUAGAGCUAGUGAUAGAAUCUCCCACCAGUUCUCCAGAUGAAAUACUCAUGGUAGAAGUGGAAAAUGUAGUCCACGAGGAAUUCCAAGUCACUGAGGAAGUGAAAGCCCUUACUGCAGAAAUUGUGAAGACUAUUCGGGAUAUCAUUGCUUUGAAUCCCCUGUAUAGAGAGUCUGUGCUUCAGAUGAUGCAGGCUGGACAGAGAGUUGUGGACAAUCCUAUCUAUCUGAGUGACAUGGGGGCAGCACUGACAGGGGCUGAGUCUCAUGAGCUACAGGAUGUCCUGGAAGAAACGAAUAUUCCCAAGCGACUUUAUAAGGCCCUCUCUCUUCUCAAGAAGGAAUUUGAACUGAGCAAAUUGCAGCAGCGUCUGGGUCGGGAGGUAGAAGAGAAAAUCAAGCAAACCCACCGCAAGUACCUUCUGCAAGAGCAGCUAAAAAUUAUCAAGAAAGAGCUGGGCCUGGAAAAAGAAGACAAAGAUGCCAUUGAGGAGAAAUUCCGAGAACGUUUAAAGGAACUUGUCGUUCCCAAACAUGUCAUGGAUGUGAUUGAUGAAGAGCUGAGCAAAUUGGGCUUGUUGGAUAAUCAUUCCUCAGAGUUCAACGUCACCCGAAAUUACUUAGACUGGCUGACUUCUAUACCCUGGGGAAAGUAUAGCAAUGAGAAUCUGGAUCUGGCUCGAGCCAAGGAAGUCCUGGAGGAAGAUCAUUAUGGCAUGGAGGAUGUCAAGAAGCGCAUUUUGGAAUUUAUUGCUGUGAGCCAACUCCGAGGAUCAACACAAGGGAAGAUCCUUUGUUUCUAUGGCCCUCCAGGAGUGGGCAAGACGAGCAUUGCUCGCUCCAUUGCAAGAGCUUUGAAUAGAGAAUAUUUUCGGUUCAGCGUUGGAGGCAUGACUGACGUGGCAGAAAUCAAGGGACACAGGAGGACAUACGUUGGGGCCAUGCCAGGGAAGAUCAUCCAGUGUCUGAAAAAGACCAAGACGGAAAACCCCCUGAUUCUAAUUGAUGAGGUGGAUAAGAUUGGACGGGGCUACCAGGGAGACCCCUCUUCUGCAUUACUUGAACUUCUAGAUCCAGAGCAAAAUUCCAACUUCCUGGACCACUACCUGGAUGUCCCAGUGGAUCUAUCCAAGGUUCUAUUCAUCUGCACAGCCAAUGUUACAGAAACCAUCCCUGAGCCCCUGAGAGAUAGAAUGGAGAUGAUCAACGUCUCUGGCUAUGUGGCCCAGGAGAAACUCGCCAUUGCAGAGCGUUAUCUGGUCCCUCAGGCCCGAGUCCUAUGUGGUCUGGAUGAAAGCAAGACCAAAAUCUCAUCAGAUGUAUUGACCCUUCUUAUCAAGCAGUAUUGUCGGGAGAGUGGUGUCCGAAAUCUCCAGAAGCAGGUGGAGAAGGUGUUAAGAAAAUCUGCCUAUAAGAUAGUCAGUGGGGAGAUGGAGUCUGUGGAAGUAACACCUGAGAACCUACAGGACUUUGUAGGGAAGCCCAUCUUCACUGUGGAGCGCAUGUAUGAUGUAACCCCACCAGGCGUGGUCAUGGGUCUGGCAUGGACAGCCAUGGGAGGCUCUACUUUGUUCAUUGAGACCUCGCCGAGGCGCCCCAAGGAUAAAGAAAACAAAGAUGGGAGCCUGGAGGUGACAGGUCAGCUGGGGGAUGUCAUGAAGGAAAGUGCCAAGAUUGCAUACACGUUUGCUCGGGCAUUCUUAAUGCAUAAGGACCCAUCCAAUGAUUUCCUGGUGACUUCACACAUCCACCUUCAUGUGCCUGAGGGUGCAACCCCCAAGGAUGGCCCAAGUGCAGGCUGUACCAUUGUCACGGCACUACUUUCCUUAGCCAUGAACCAACCUGCACGGCAGAAUGUGGCCAUGACAGGGGAGGUUUCCCUCACUGGCAAGAUCCUUCCUGUGGGAGGAAUUAAGGAGAAGACCAUUGCAGCCAAAAGAGCAGGAGUCACCUGUGUCAUCCUCCCUGCAGAGAACAAGAAGGACUAUUAUGACCUUGCAUCUUUCAUCACUGAAGGGCUAGAAGUACACUUUGUGGAGCACUACAAUGAGAUCUUUGACAUAGUCUUUCCCCAGGAGCAAACUGUUGAGGAAACUGUGGAACGAUGAAUUUUCAGAGGCCCUGGGGUCAGGGGGCUUCAGCCAAAUUCCAAAGGUUGGUGGUGUGGGGGUAGGGAACGUGGACAAAAACUUCAAGGAUCAGUAAUGCUGCUAGGCAGCUGAAGAAAUCCAUUGAUGAUGGUUUGAUACAUAUAUAGAGAGCAACUUAGAGAAGUCCUAUUAUGCUUGAAAAUGUAUUUAAUUAUGAUUAAAAAAAAAACCAUACAUUUCCACUA